CAGUUAUUGUCGAAUCCGACAUCGCCACCAUGUCCUUACAACAAAAUGGAGGUAUCCCCACAUACACCAUCAUCCAAGCCGAUGGCCUUUAUGAAGACGACACCAUCGAGCAACAGAUCCUCAAUCCCCCCAACAAAUCGCAUGCAUACAAGAUAAAUUACCAACAGACACACCUCUCCCCCGACGGAGUCCCAACAUACAAACCCUGGUCCACAAUCGACAAGUCUCUCAGGGACCAAGUAGACGGCAUCACCCUUCUGAAGCCCUCUUUCACGGCCGCUGAUCUCGAGCUCUUCCCAAAAUUAAAAGUACUAGUUCGCAUGGGCGUCGGCUAUGACCGGGUCGAUCGUGCAGCUCUGGCGAAACGAGGCGUCACGCUCUGCAAUGUUCCAGACUACGGCACCGCCGAAAUCGCCGACCACGCCCUCUCCCUGACUCUAACUCUCCGGCGGGGCAUCGCCCUCCACCACGACCACCAACGAGGCACGCCCCCGAGUAAAUGGUGCUACAUCGACAGUCCCCUAAUCUCGCGGAUCCAGGGCGCCACCUUCGGGAUCCUGGGCUUCGGCCUCAUCGGGACCGCGGUCGCACUCCGCGCAAAAGCCUUCGGAUGGAAUAUACUUUUCUACGAUCCCUACGUCCGGAACGGGAUCGACAAGGCGCUCGGGGUCGAGCGCACGCGCGACCUGAAAGAGCUAUUCCGUCGGAGUUCGGUGGUGAGCGUGCAUUGUCCGUCCAGUGCGGAGACGCGGGGGAUGGUGAAUGAAGAGUUAUUGAGACUGAUGGCCCCGGGUUCGAUCCUGGUGAACACGGCGAGGGGGGAUGUGGUGGAUUUGGAUGCGGUGGAGCGGUGUCUUCGGGAUGGGCCGUUGGCGGGGGUCGGGUUGGAUGUCGUUCCUGGUGAGCCGGUGGUGGUGCAGGGGCCUGUGCAUUCGUUGUUGAGGGCGUAUCGCGAUAGGGAGGAGUGGUUGGUGGGCAGGAUGGUGGUGACGCCGCAUUGUGCGUUUCAUAGUCCGCAGAGUUUGGUGGAUAUUCGCGUCAAGAGCGUCGAGACUAUGAGGGAUGUUUUGGUUGAUGGGUUGGGGGUUAAUGUUAUUCCUCCACCCUUGAUGGAGUAG